AUGAGUCAUGGGCGGUUAUCACAAAGUGCAAUACUCGAGCAAUUACUCGAAGAAGACGAAGAAGAGAGUGAAUCAGAGCUUAGCGACCAAGGCUCUGAAAAUACGACCACAUUGUUGCAGAGGAACCUCUACCUGCUGAAGAAUCAAACGUCUCGGACUCAGAAGAGGCUGGGUGCUAUAAGCCACGGCGUCAUCGGUGGAGGGACGAGCGGGCGCGGGCGAGGACAGCGCUCCGCCCGCGCCCGACGCGGAGGCGCCGCGACGAAGACGACAUCGCCCCCUCUACCGCCGACUCUUCCACUAUGUCCGCACCGCAUGGACCGGGGUCAAGUUUGCUCUAGGUAA